AUGCAUAAUUUAGGCAGAAGUGGGAGGAAACUGCUCCAAAUGGGUGAACGGUCAGUCGAUGGUCUACUGCCGGACUCAGUACUUCGUCUUCAGGCCACCAUAGUAGUCGCCGGGCGUCGCGAUGAUCCUAUGGAUUUGUUCUAUCAUAUCGUCAAAAGCAGUGGUGGUGGUGGUCGUGGUGAAGUCUCUGGUCCAGGACCCAGUGUGCUUCUGGCACGUCGCAUCCUAUCAGCAAUUCGACCUCGGGAGAGUCAGCUUCUUCGAAAUGCAUAUCUCUCAGGUGUGGCCAGCGUGUUGCUAGCUUCCCGAUCGAUUCUACCGAUUGUAUCGGCCCGUUCUUUGAUGUGGUCUUUCUUUUUGUCUACUUAUGCGGGCAAAUUGUCCGAUGCGACUGCUGGCGACGUUUACACAAGUUCGGAUGAAUUCCGUCAGCUCGGUGAAAUUCUGUUCUUUUCCCAAACGACCGAUAAUCAACGCUUUCUCUACUCAUCGCUGCUGGAUAUCAGCCGGCAGGCAUCGGGCUAUCAAUUCCAAGGCGUACAGAGCAUUUGA